GCGUAGGCAAACUCUUAGCUCUGACCAUCAAGCCUUGCUAAAUCACCGCUCUUUCCAAGGAAACAAAACAAUAUAGAAUAGGGUUGACGGUGUGCAACAAGCACAGACCCUCUCUCAACACGACAAGGCGCUUUCCCGUGGAAUGAGCGUUCCAUGCAGCAUCCUAGGUAUGAAUGACGUGGCCUGGCAGGAGACGAGAGGUGGGAUGCUGCAUGCAAAUGGUGCUCCUGAGUCUGGGGGUGUGCGAGUUCAUGCUGGUGGGCCCCUAGCCACAGUUAGGGUAGCUGGGCAGGCUCCAGGAGUACCACAUUUACAGGGCAUCGAUAGAAGUUCCAACCCUACCCCAGGUACGCCGCAGCCUCCACUGAGUGGAAGAUCUCAGGAUGAUGCCACAGUUGGAUACUUCUUUCAAAGACAGCCCGGGGAGCAACUUAUAGGUUGCACACCCAGCAAACAUCGUUGGCCUACUGGUGAUUCUAAUCAUAUUGAUCAGGUCCGAGCUGUGGAUGAAAUGAAUUAUGAAUUUCAAGCUCUUGCUUUGGAGUCACGGGGGAUGGGGGAGCUGUUGCCAGCAAAAAAGCUCUGGGAUUCUGAUGAGUUGGCCAAGGAUGGAAGGAAAGGAAUGCUGCUUGGAGAGGAGUGGAGGGACAAUGCAUGGGGAUCAUCUCAUCAUUCAGUGUCUCAGCCAAUCAUGGUGCAGCGGCGGCCAGGCCAGGGUUUCCAUGGGAAUGGUGAUGCCAAUUCUGUGCUUUCACCUCGUUCAGAAGGUGGUGGCUUGGGGGUGAGCAUGGUCGAAUAUGUUCUGAGCUCCUCACCUGGUGACAAGAUGGAGGGCCGCUACAGGAAUGGGGGCUAUGGUGGAGGAGAUACUGACCAAGAUGGGAGAGAGAAAAGUGAUGCCCAAGAGAAAGUGUCCCCUUUUGAAGAGGAUAAGAACCCAGAUAUUAUAGUGGGAGAGGAAAAUGAUCCUGCUAAAGCCAAUGCAAGAGGUCUGCUAAAUGGCAUGGAUAGAGACUGCAAAGACUUCAAUCCAACCCCCGGAAGCCGUCAAGCCUCUCCCACUGAGGCUGUGGAAAGGAUGGGCCCCAGUCAGGCAGGUUUGGAGAUGAUGGGACAGCAUCACCCCCAUCUCCUCCAGCAACAGAACCCUGCCCAAAACAAGGUUCCAACUGAGGACUUCCAGAACCAGGAAGCACAGAACCUGGGUGGUAUGGAGCAGCCAACUGGUGUGGAGUCGUUACAGUUUGACUAUGCUGGGAACCAAAUUCAGGUGGACUCCUCAGGAACUCCUGUAGGAUUGUUUGACUACAGCUCUCAGCAGCAGUUGUUCCAGAGAUCUAAUACCCUGACCGUUCAACAGCUCACUGCAGCUCAGCAACAACAAUAUGCCCUGGCUGCAGCUCAGCAGCAGCAUCUCGCUGGCCUUGCGCCUGCAUUUGUUCCAAACCCUUACAUCAUUAAUGCUGCCCCCCCUGGAGCUGAUCCUUACACUGCCGCUGGGUUGGCAGCAGCAGCAACGCUUGCAGGCCCCACAGUUGUUCCACCACAGUAUUACGGUGUUCCUUGGGGUGUAUACCCAGCCAAUCUUUUCCAGCAACAGGCUGCAUCUACUGCCAAUCAUUCAGCUAAUCAGCAAGCAUCCAAUCAGGGACCAGGGCCAGGACAGCCACAGGUAAUGCGCACAGGAACCAGCCAGCGGCCUCUCACACCUGGGCAAGGCCAACAGAGUCAGCAGGAAUCUUUAGCAGCUGCAGCUGCUGCAAACCCUGCACUAGCUUACACAGGAAUGCCUGGUUAUCAGGUGUUGGCUCCUGCUGCCUACUAUGAUCAGACUGGAGCUUUGGUGAUGGGCCCAGGUGCCCGAACUGGACUAGGUGGACCUGUUCGUCUUGUCCAGACCCCUCUCCUCAUAAACCCUGCAGCAGCACAGGCUGCAGCAGUGUCUGCAUCUGGUUCCGGUAACAUGUCGGGGCCUCCAGCCAAUGGACUAUACCGCUCCAUGCCUCAACCUCAACCUCAGCCACAGCAGCAGGCUCCUCCACCCAGCAGCGGCCUGUCUUCAAGCUCCUUCUAUGGCUCUGGAUCUGUCCCGAACACCUCUCAGAGCAGUUCUCUUUUCUCACACAACUCUGCUGCUCCACCUCCAAGUUCCUCCUUGGGCUUUAGCAGUACAGGCGGCUCUCUCGGUGUGGGCCUGGGCUCUGCUCUUGGAGGUUUCGGCUCUUCAGUGUCCAGUUCCACUAGUAGCGGUGUGUCUCGCAGAGACUCGCUGUUGGCAAGUUCUGACCUAUACAAAAGAGGUGGCAGCAGUUUAACACCCAUUGGCCAGCCGUUUUACAACAGCCUGGGUUACUCCUCUUCACCCAGCCCCAUUGGCCUGACACCAGGCCACUCCCCACUCACUCCUCCACCUUCUCUGCCCUCUUCUCAUGGAUCUUCUUCCAGCCUUCACCUUGGUGGCCUGACAAAUGGCAGCGGGCGCUACAUUUCUGCUGCUCCUGGAGCUGAGGCCAAAUACCGCAGCACUGGUGGAACAUCCAGUCUAUUCAAUUCCAGCAGCCAGCUGUUUCCACCAUCUCGGCCCCGCUACAGUCGCUCUGAUGUCAUGCCUUCUGGGCGCAGCCGUCUGCUUGAAGACUUUAGGAACAACCGUUUCCCCAACCUCCAGCUCCGUGACCUUCCUGGACACAUGGUGGAGUUCUCCCAAGACCAGCAUGGAUCCAGAUUUAUUCAGCAGAAGCUAGAGAGAGCCACUCCUGCUGAGAGGCAGAUGGUGUUUGGAGAGAUUCUGCAAGCAGCAUAUCAACUGAUGACUGAUGUGUUUGGGAAUUACGUCAUCCAGAAGUUCUUUGAGUUUGGAAGCGCAGACCAGAAACUGGCUUUGGCAACACGUAUUCGUGGGCAUGUCCUUCCUCUGGCUUUACAGAUGUAUGGUUGCAGGGUCAUUCAAAAAGCUUUGGAGUCCAUUUCCUCAGACCAGCAGGUAAUUGGUGACAUCGUACGGGAGUUGGAUGGCCAUGUGUUGAAGUGUGUGAAGGACCAGAAUGGGAACCAUGUAGUGCAGAAGUGCAUUGAAUGUGUCCAGCCUCAGGCCCUGCAGUUCAUUAUUGAUGCUUUCCAAGGACAGGUGUUUGUGCUUUCCACACAUCCCUACGGAUGCAGAGUUAUUCAAAGGAUUUUGGAGCACUGCACUCAGGAGCAAACUCUGCCCAUCCUGGACGAACUGCACCAGCACUCUGAACAACUGGGCCAGAAAUAUCAAGGCGUAUCAUUGGAGAUGACACCCAAAACAUAUUAUACAGUGUCCCGUGAUGCACUGUUCAAGGAUCAGUAUGGUAACUACGUCAUUCAGCAUGUCUUGGAACACGGCAGACCAGAGGAUAAGAGCAAGAUUGUUGCAGAGGUUCGUGGAAAGGUUCUUCUUCUGAGCCAACAUAAAUUUGCAAGUAAUGUUGUGGAGAAGUGUGUGAUCCACUCCUCGCGUGCAGAGAGAGCUCUGCUGAUAGACGAAGUGUGCUGCCAGAAAGAUGGACCCCAUAGCGCCUUGUACACCAUGAUGAAGGACCAGUAUGCCAACUAUGUUGUCCAAAGGAUGAUUGACAUGGCAGAACCUGCUCAGCGUAAAAUCAUCAUGCACAAGAUCCGGCCUCACAUUGCCACUUUGCGCAAGUACACAUAUGGGAAGCACAUUCUGGCCAAACUAGAGAAGUACUACAUGAAGAGUGGCUCAGAACUGGGUCCCAUCGGUGGCCCCACAAACGGGCUCAUGUAGUCAAGUUAAAACCUGGGUCCCCUAAAGAAGCGGAGGCGUAAGAACCCCAAACCCCCUGUUCUGUGAGAGAUGCUCCUUUAACCAUAGGGGUUAGCCUUUGACACCCUGUCAUCCCUUUUUACUUUGUGUUUUUUUUCUGGAGGGAGGGAGGGGUGAAUUACCAAAAAAGGAAAAAGAAAAAAAAAAGACAACUUUACCUAAGAACGCUGUGACAACUGAUCCCUGCCACUCUGCCAACCCUGGUACAGGUACCGAGCGUGGCCCCCAGGGGACGCGCAGUCAGCAGGCUGUUUGUUUGUUUUUUCCCCUGGGUAAAGCACAAGCCCAUUGUUAAUUAUGUAAUCGAUGUAUUUGACUGGUUUUCAUAUUGUACAUUUAGUUUUUUACCUUGUAAAUUCUCUGUAGAAAAAUAUCUUCUAACACAUUUGCUGAAAUUUACAAUUCUUACAAUUAACACCAGCAAGUGACUUUAUAAAAGCUAAACUGAGUGAUCCUUUAAAUCACAAUUCCAUUUGCUUUUCUAACCAGACUUACUAUGUCAGCUGUUCUAAUGAAGUCUAGGCAAUUGAAUAUUUGUAAAUCCCAUGCAGCGUAGAAGUUUUCUCAUGCCAAAGCAGCUGAUGGAUUCAUUUUCAAAUGGCACUGCAUAGUAUGGAUGGGUGUAUAAAACCCUUUGUUGUCCACAGGCGAGCACUAUGUGCCACAGUCACCCAGAGAUCUUCAAGACCGUGUUUCUAGCUUGGUGCUUUAGUCUAGGGUAGUGUUCCAGUCGUGUUUUUUUUUUUUUUUUUUUCCCCCCCUCUCUUUCCAGACUUGAUGGGGGUGUGUUUACUCCAGCAGCUCACAGUCUGCCUCGUGUUUUGGUACUAUCACAGACCAGCAAACCUGAGCUGCUGCAUUCAUUUAACCCCAUUUCGAGCCAUUCUGCUUUCUCAUCCAGGUGAUCACUCGGGGUUUAUGCAAGAAGGAACGCUGCCAUUGACAGAAGCAGAGCAUGAUGUUUGGCUCUACAGCGGUUGUGUAACCUGGUUCAAUCUUAACACAAAAUGACCAUAGUGCGAGGGGUUGGGGAGUGCUUUUUGCGGGGAUAGGGGGGUAGGAGUAGGGUAUGCGUAAGCAUGCUGUGACAGGUUUUAAUCCUUGAAAUGAUUUUUUUUCUUUAUCAUGUUUUGUGUAACAUCUGUCUUGUAGUUUGAAAUGAACACUGCCCUAGAAAACGGUAUCUUUAUGUACUGAAUAAUCUCUUGCGUAGAAGUAGUUUAGCCACGUAUAGCAUCUUUAUGUAUGAGUAAAAUUGUUGCUUUUGGGUAGGGGGGCUUGGAGCUAUGAUGGUACCCCCACCGCCUGAAUGUUGGAGCAGUGUAAAAGAUAAAAUGUGGUGAAGUGGUGUUUUGUAAAUCUGAGGUGAGAUGAUCUAGAAGUAGUGGGAUGGUCUGAAGAAAGGGAUGAUGAAAGAACCUUGUUUUUUUUAAUGGUUCUGGGUUUUUUUUUUUGUUUUUGUUUUUAAAAUUUUUUGCUUUUUCAUUUUGGUCGGGUAUGCAAGUGCAGCGGUGGAGGUCGGUGGGGCCAUCAAGCUAAACAAUUCAUCUGUAAUGCUCGUAGUGAUGGCUUCUUUGCUUCAUAUGAAUUGUAGAUUACAUGUAGUAUAUGUGCAGUUAAUAAGUGUAAGAUUAUUAGUUGAAAAUAUGUCUAGUCGUGGUGUUUGACAGGCCUUGCUAUAAAUUUGUAGUGACGCUUUUAAUUCGUCUGUACAGUUGUACAUUUGUAAACGUUGAUGCUGUAAAUGGGAUGUCUUUUACACUUUUUUGGGGGGAGAAAAAGGCAAAAAUGUGCAUUUAGAUGUGUGUAUAUUCAUCACUCCUUUCCCCUUGAAUAUAAUGUAUACAGUUUUAUUUGAUCAAGUGUUAUUUUAAAGAAAAAAUCUAUGGCUUCACAAUCUGGCAUGGUAUUUGUUUUUAAUCUGUUAAGGAAAGGCCAGCCUCUAUUUGUACUGAAGCUGUAACAUCCACUGUUAAUAGUCUCUUCUGAUGUGUGACAGUUUAAAAAAAAAAAAAAAGAUGAAGAAAAAAAAAAAAAAAACAAGUCUACUAAAAUCGAGGCUGCAUUUAGUCCUCUCUGCUACCAUGGAAGCUCCACAGGAUAUGAUAUGAAUUAUUUUUGUACAGAAGAGUGCUGUAUUUUGGAACAGCUACUACCUUGUAAGCAAAACAAUGUAAAAUAUUGUCAAUUAUAUAAAUAUGAACAUAUGAGUUUUGUCACACUGUCAAAGUCAUGUACAUUUUCAGGUGGCCUUAUGUACAUUUCCAGAUGUUAGAUGAAGAAAACAAACUCAUUUUUUGGAAGCAGAAUUGUGACUAUGUAUGAUUAAACUGUUCUUCUAACAUUU